AUGAGCACACCCACUUCUCUCUUUGGAAAGGGCUUUGAACCUGGGCAUGGUAGCGGUACUUCAGGAAUGAUUAGAAAACAUAUUUUUAUCAGGAACACACGAAAUAGAUCACUCUAUAUUCUUGCCACCGCUUCCUUCCCCAACGCCCUUCUCAGAUUGGCUGUUGUUCUGUUGCUAUGGAAUACAUGUAAUACGCCUGUGGUCGAAGCAGCGUUCACAACCAUCAGCGUUGGAGGAGGCUACACGUCAUCGUCCAACGCGUGGGCAUGUGGCUUACUACCGGUACAAGACAGCGCCAGCGGAAGCAUCGAAUGCUUUGAGCCCCAGGAGCCUUUGAACGACGAAAAGGAAUAUGUCGUCAAGGGACGUCUCGAUGGGGCAUACACGGGAAUUUCGGUUGGCGGGAGUAGCACCCCCAGCCAGCUGCAUGCGUGUGCUGUCGAGUCCAUCACUGGCCGCAUUCAGUGCUGGGAACCUUACACAUUGGACGAGGCUUUACCAUACCAAGCCAAAGGAGAUCUCACCCCACCAGUCAACGAACAACCAUAUACCCAUGUGGAAGUAGGAGGCAGCUCAUCUGGCAGCUAUUUUGCAGCUUGUGCCAUCCGAGAUGGAGGAAUUGAUUGCUUCAAUCCCUACAGUCCUACAGAGACAGGAGUUACCUAUGAAAUUAUGGGAAGUCUUCCAGGAGACUACUCCAGUGUGUCAGUGGGCGGGCAAGCAGAAGAUGAACCCUUUACCCACGAGUUUGCUUGCACCACGCUCAACAAUCCAGCUCAAAUAGACUGCUUUGAUCCUAAAGCUCCCGGCAUUGAUGGCACUGUGCCACUGUCUCGGUUGGGCCAUCUUCCAGGUUCUUACCAAGAAGUAUCCGUGGACGCAAGCAGUUCCCCUUCCUACAUUUAUGGCUGUGCUUCAAGGGCAGACCGCACAGCGGUAGAUUGCUUCGAACCUUAUACGUUCGAAGAUACUGUCAAAAGCUACACAAUCGCCGGAUCUGCUCCUGGUUCCUUUGAACAGGUUUCAGUGGGUGGCGGCAGUUCCCCGUCCUACCUCUAUGCUUGUGGACUCCGUGAAAGUGGCAUUGAUUGCUUCAGUCCUUACUUUGUGCCUCCCGUUCCCGUGACAACGACCAAUACUACAUAUGAAGUGACAGGAUCGGUGGCUGGAAAUUACCACCAGGUGGCCCUCGGCGGAGCGGCAGCUACAGACGCGUUCUAUGCUUGUGCCAUCCGAACCAGUGGGGAGGCCAUUGAUUGUUUCAAUCCUUAUACAUUCACCGAAAUUGGAUCUACCUAUGAGAUUGAUGCUACCUAUUUUCUGCCUACUACCGCUGCCCCCACGGUGAGCCCUCCACCAAUGUCCAGUCCUACCACAGAGACGCCCACCGUCGCCACAGCCACACCGCCGCCGCCACCACCAGCGAUCGAGUCCACCUCACCACCACCAAUCGAGUCAACAUCGCCACCACCAAUGGAUUCUUCAACUUCACAAACGGCCUCUUCCUCUUCCACCACAGCGACGUCCAUGGGGAGAGUUUUUUGGAUUUCAACUAUCCUUUGCUGCGCCACUGCACAUUUUUGUUUCUAGCGACAAUUAGCUAUUAUGUACUAGUGCAAGAGACGCGAGCAUUUAAGCUUGUGACACCUCGGACUAUGACACUUGACCAUUGUCUAGGAGCGAACAGACACUGACUUAGGUGGCAUUUUUUCCAUGCUUCGGAGAGCUUCUCUUUGGAAAGGGCUUUGAAUUGCUCCUCUGGGGACAUUGCCGUGUCUUGGAGACGAUGGCAUCGGUACCGGUACCUGGUACCGGUACUUCAGGAAUGAUUAGAAAAUAUAUUUUUAUCAGGAAAGCACCAAAUAGAUCACUCUAGACGUCCAGCUAGGGAAUGUCUUGGCAGAAAUUGUUUCUCUUGGGAAGUACGAUAGUUACAUCCCAUUAGACUUGCCAUUCCAUGAAGUUAGUUGAAAACUGGAGUUUGGCGGUCGUCCGCUUUCCAAUUUUCAUUUUCCUAGCACUGAGAUUAUG